AUGAGUUGGCAACCGGGCCGCGUGCUGCUGCAAGGCCUCUUCCUGCUCGUGUUCACUUUCCAUUGGUUCGCUUUGGCAACAUUGCCGAGCAACGCGAAAUUCUACACGAUACACUGGAACUCGUCGAACCCCAUCUUCAGAAUCGACAACACCGACAACAUCAUCGAUGUCAAUAGGAAUAACGUUAAGUUUGAAUAUGAUCAGGUGAACCUGAUCUGUCCCGUGUACACGCCAGGCACGCGGGACGACGAAAUGGAGAAGUACAUCAUCUACAACGUCUCCAAGGACGAGUACGAGACGUGCAGGAUAACGAAUCCCAAUCCGAGGAUAAUCGCGGUGUGCGACAAGCCUUACAAGCUCAUUCAAGUAGGCCACGACUACUACUUCAUCUCGACCUCGACCAGCGACGACCUGCAUCGGCGCAUCGGCGGCCGCUGCACCACCCACAACAUGAAGAUCGUGUUCAAGGUGUGGGGCGCCCCUCCGACGGUCGCCCCGCCCCCUCCGCCGCCCGCCCCCACCGCCAAGCCCUCGUGGUGGGCGGUCGCGCCGACGCGCACCUCCCCCUGGACCACCCAGGGCCCGCCUCCCACGCUCGCCCCGCCCCCGCCCACCACCAAGAAGUCCAAGACUUACGACAAGCACCCCAACGAGGUGGUGAAGAGUGAGGAGUUGACGCUCGCCGCGGGCGGCCUGUGCGCGAACGCCGUGCUGGUGGCGAGUUUGUGCGCGUGCGCGGUUUGGAUGCUGCGAUGA